UUUGGCAUACGCAAACUUGUUUUAUUCGAUUAAUAGAAAUUUUGCACUAUUUUUGUUAGAAUCUGCGCGGUAAUGCGGUGUAAUGAGCGAUUCAGGUGAUACUGAUAUUUUGCUGUUGAUACCACCGAAUUACUUUGUCACAGCAACGCCUGAGGAGUUGGAAGAGUUUCGGACAAUUCAUACGUUAAUAACUCCGCCUGCUGCAGUUAAUUGGAAUGAAAAUUAUAUCAACGCUGUAAACGGUUAUACAAGUCAUACACUCCAUUCAAAGAAGCCAUGCCAAUCUAUGGAUACAACACUUACCGACUCAAAUAAAAUCAUGGAUUCCACCACUCUGCGUACACAUGAACUGCUUACAGCAAACAGAAAUGCUGAACUACAAGAAAUCAAUUCCCGAUUGAAGUUAAUGGAACGUGAAAAAGACUGCCAUUUCAUUGCGACUUCUGAUAUUUCUACGAUUUCAAAUGGUACACAAGCUGAACACAACAAAAGGGCGGGGCUGGUUCACUCUACCCCAAAAUGUAUAGGCGGAACAGAUGGCUUUUAUAAAAAUGAUGCUGGAGGUAUACUAACGGAGAUUGAUGAUUUCUUAGGUGAUCGUAACCGAGAACAAAUAAUCAAUUUACAUUUAAAUCCAAAUAAUGAAUUAUACAACCCGCAAACUAUGGAUAAAUGUAAAACUAAAGGCAAUUGUUAUCAGUCAGCUUAUUCAGAAGUGAAAGGGACCAAGGGUACAGAUCUGAAUUUAAUUAGUUUAAGUGAAAUCUGGGGUAAAAGCGGACAAGGUACUGCUAUUGCUUGCGCUGCCCCGCAGUAUUCCGUAUUUAUAGAGGAACAGCUGCGACGUCAACACCUGGAGCGCACCGUACAUGCGUUACAAACGCGCCUUCUUGAAUAUCAACAAAGAUUGUCAGUGGCCAUCGAAGUGGAUCGUGCAAAAGAUGCAGCAAUCUGCAAUGCCCAAUCUGAAUGUAAAGUUUUAGACACUGAGGCUCGUCAACUGCGAGAAAAUGUUUCAAAGCUGGAGGAGGAAAAGACGGAAAGCAACAUCAAAAUAGAUACACUUCAAAAAGAGUUGGCGCAGGCUGUGAAUUUAGCAACGAAAUUUCAGGAUAAAAGUGGGAAGCUCGAAAAUGAACUUUCAACUUCAUCCAGAAAAUCAAAUGAAUGUGCUAAUAUGUAUAAACAACAAAUAGAAGAGCUAGAGGUUAAGCUUCAUGGAUGUAAGAGAUCAGAGGAAGUUGCGCUAAAUGAACUAACCAAGUAUAAAGAUAAACUUGUCAAGGUCGAUUAUCUAAACGAGAAGCUUAAAACUCGUUGUGAUGAAUUAGAAAAAGAUUGCGCUACUUUAAGAAACCAAAAAGAAAUGUUGCAAGACUUUCAACAAAAACAGAAGUCUCGCGCCGAUACAUUAGAAAUACAGAAAAAAGCGUUGCAAGAAAAAAUAGCCAGUCUAACGGAAAGUGAGACAAGCUUAAAAAAGAAGAUUGAUCUUCAACAAAAAACCCUUAAAUCGCAUUAUCAGCAGCAGUUGGAAAGCGGUGUUGAACAAAAAAUGAAAGAGUUUCAACAGCAGUUGGAUAAGACUGAAGAAAUACUGAAGUUGGAGGCGCGCGAACGUGAACGUUUAAUUGCCGAACGGGCCGUCAAACAAAUAGAACUUAUAAACGAAAAAAAUGAAAUGGAACUGAAUUUACUACAAGAGAAACACAAAGAGGAAGUAGAGUUGUAUCGAAUACAACUUGCGAACGCCUCCAAGAAAAUUGGGGAUCUUGAAACAAAAUUAAAUGCCUACAGAGCCAAAAGAGCUGUUAUAGCAGAAAAACUGCAUGACGUUAUGGAAGAUCAGUGGCAGAAAGCAUUGGAAAUAUUAACGUCACCUGGUGAUCGAUCGCAACAAAUAAGUAAUAAUACAGACUGUGAAUCAAUAGGGAAUAUCGAAAACGAUACAAAUAAAGAUGAAAUGAACUAUGAAACUCCCAAGAAGAAUAAACCACGUGAUAGAAUAUUGAAAAUAAAGGAAAAUAAUCUUAAUAAUGUGAACGAUCGGAGGGCUUCGCCAGAACCAAUGGACAGACUACAGGCAUACAUAGAAUUGUUACUCAGCAAAUCACCCAGUGAAUUCGAUAAAUUGGACGAGAUUUUAGCCUAUGCUAAUAAGACUAAGACGUCGACAUCCAAUAGCAAAUUAGAUAAAUCCGAUAAACGUUUGAAUUGUUGUAAACCACCUUGGCGCGCAUAAAAGAUUUGUUUCUGAGUUUUAGAAUUAUGUAUUUAAACGUAUUUAGACACCAAAGUACAAAGUCUUAUAGCAUCCGCGUAAUUAUGUCGGAGGAGUUUUUGAAUACGAACUGCCUUAUUUACCUUUAUAUUGUGUAAAUACUCGUAUAGAAAGAAAUUAAUACCAAUGUACCAUGGUAUAGCAAGUUAAUAAAUUUGUAUAUGUAUUUAUUUUUCUUUUUAUCAUAAUUAAUGCGGAGACCAAGACGAGCACGAAGAAGUAUACGAAGACGAAUGCGCAAAGUGAA